GCUGUUCUCAGAGCAGAGAGACCCCCACUGCAGCCAGCGGACCCCCAGCAUCCCUCGCUCUGCCUUAUUUGUGAUUGUGCUUCUCCUGUUCUCGCCCCUCUCAGCCGCAGUGAGCCAGCCUGGAUCCGAACUGAACAAAACAGCGAGGGAGGAAGAGAGCGAGCGAGAUAGACAGACAGACAGAAAGAGAGGCAGAGUGAGUGAGAGAGAGAGAGGUGGGAAGAGAAAGGAAGAGCGAGAGAGUGAGAAGGAGCGCCACAAGCCGCUUUUCCUCAGUGAACGGGAAGCUGUCGCCUGGACAACCGAACACAGAGAGUGAGCAGUAGGGGGGAAGUGACGGAGAAACAAAAGAAAGGGAGAGAGAAAGAGACGGAGAGAGAGAGUAUGUGAGUGAGAGAGAAAGGUCUGCAAGCUCUCGCGCUUGUGAAAGAAAAGUGUGGGAUAGUUUGCUUGGUUUUCCACAAAGAGCUUCAGGAAAAGCCCAGAAAAGAAAAGGAAAAGAGGAAAAAAGAGAAAAAGAGACAAUUCCCCUCAUUCCCGAGCUCCUCAUCACAGGACGGGAACGGGACCUUCCCUUCGGAGCGCAGGAACUCCUCCAGCCCAGGCAGAUUCGGAGUCAUGGAUUCAGAGGAUGAACCCUUGUUGUUCCAGGCUGUGUGGGACCUGGGCGAGUUUGAGGAACAAGCAGAGGAGGAAGAAGAUGAAGAAGAUGAAGAAGAAAAAGAAAAGGAAGGAUGUGGUGGUGGAGUGGAAGGCAGGGGGGGACAGGUGUGUAGAGGACUGUGGUGGGCAGUGGGUUGGGUGUACACUCAGCCUUGGGCAAGUGGAGCGAUUCUUGUCGUCGGGUUUCUGGUUCCACUCGCUCUUUCAGCCUACAUGUUCCUCUACUGUGAACCUCUGGACAUUGACCUCUCCUACAGCGCCUUCGAAGUGAGGAGCCAUUCGUCUGCGGAGCGCUUCGACGCCCUCGCCAUCGCGCUCAAGAGUCAGUUAGGGUCCUGGGACAGGCACCGGCGCGAUGCGGAAGGCUUCGAUUUCGACUCCAAUGCCCUUAGGGAUCUUUUGUUGCUGAAACUUAACCGACAAGCCAAAGAUUCUCCUCAGGCAACCAAUGAAACAAAGCAGCCAGGGGGCUUAUCAUGUGCUCAAGUUGUGGCUGAUGCAACUCCCGUGCCAGUACAAGAGGAAAGAACUAGAAAUGUAGCAGCAAACCAGAAGAAAGAGAUGGACAUUGAUAAAGACUCAAAGGUUGAAAGUGCAAAUUCUGGACUAAAUGGAGAUACAAGAGUUUCUGGUUUAAGUCCAGCCCUGGAUGACACGAGGAGAUUAAACCAACAACAAGGGAUUGACUCCAAAGUGACGAACGAGACAAAUCUGGGUAGUCAAGGUAGUCAAGACUGGCUAAAACAUGGACGUACAACAAGUUCUAGUCUACAUCCAACCAUGGAACCCACCAGGACAGAAGCUUAUAACCAAUCAAGCUCGUCCCACAUAAGAAAACCAAGAUUUGCAACCUAUUCCUACCUACAGACACAAGCCCUCUGGAGGAUAGAGCUGGUCUUUGUGGCUCAGGGGGACAAGGACAGCAACAUCUUCACCCCAGAGCGCCUCCGCACCAUCCACAACGUCGAGCGCCUGCUGAUGCAGCAUCCACAAUUCCAGCAGUUCUGUUGGAAGCCUCUUGAAGUUUUGAGGGACCUUCCUUUGGGGCCCUCCUACUGCUCUCCUCCCAGCUCCCUCCUCUCCUACCUCUUCCCCAGCGAGCGGGCCGGGAAGAUCUAUUUUGAUGGUAUGGGUCCGGAUCUGGCUGAUAUACAUGGUGCUUUGAGUCUGGCGAUCACCCAUCCUCAGUUUUACUGGUAUGUGGAUGAGAUGCUCACGCCAGACAGCCUACACUCGUCUCUCCUCCGUAGCGAGAUCCAUUUCGGCGCGCCACUUCCUUCCUUCUACUCUCUGCAGGACCGUCCUCUGGAGCAGAGGCGCAGAUUUCGGGACUUUGUGGUCCAGUAUGCAGAUAUUCUGGCUCAGCAGUCUACCAGCAAGGUGAAGGUGCUGUACGGGGGCACGGAGCUCUUCGAUGAUGAGGUCAGAAAGACCUUCCACAGCGAUAUGUUGCUGGCGUUAUUCAGUGGGGCCUGCAUCACUGUGCUGGUCUACGUCCUCACUUCUUUCUCAUUGUUUCUGACCUUCGUUGGAUUGGCUAGUAUUGGCCUCAGCUGCCUGGUUGCUCUGUUCGUCUAUCAUGUGGUGUUUAAGGUGGAGUACCUGGGCAUUCUUAAUGGUGUGGCCGCUUUCGUCAUCAUUGGCAUUGGCGUGGAUGAUGUGUUUGUCUUCAUCAGUACGUUCAGACAGGCAGCUCACGUGUCAGGUGCCGAGCAGCGCAUGAUCUACACGGUGAAGACGGCGGGCCGAGCCACUUUCCUCACCUCCUUCACCACAGCAGCUGCCUACGCAGCUAACGCCUUCUCCCAGAUCCCGGCGGUGCACGACUUCGGCCUCUUCAUGUCCCUCAUUGUGAGCUGCUGCUGGCUUUGGGUGUCCAUUCUAAUGCCUGCUGCCCUCUGCGUUUGGGAUAAGUGGGGUGCUGUCCAAGCAAAUGCUUGUUCAAAAUGGUGGAGCACUCUGACCAAGCUCUCCGUCAAUCUCAGCCCCCUCUCCGAUGAGGACGAUGAUGUGGCUCUUCUGACUGUAGAGAUGGAGCCUGGCCUCCAUGAAGCUGAAGCUGAUGCAGCUCUGCUGUCUCUCUCAGUGGAGCUUCCUCCAGACAGGUCAGCAGAGGGCAAUGUAGGCGUGGUCAGCGCUAAACUCCAAAGAGCUCUGAGACAGUGGGUGGCUGAACCCGUAGUGAAGAAACGAAAAACAAUCGUAGUGGUGUAUAUUCUGGUGCUGUUGGCCUCGGCGUGUUGCUGCAGUUUGCUGAAGCCAGCCAGUCACGCUCCCGUGCUCUUCCACCGGGACACUAACCUGCAGCGGCUGCUGGAUCUCCGUAGCAACCUGAGCGCCCAGGGGAUCUCCUGCCACAUGUGUUCAGGAGUGUUUAUGGAAAGACCACACAGCCUCCACAACAGCGUCCACUCCAUGAGCUCCACCUCCAGGAAGCAGCAUUCCCCCUCCAGCCAGACUGAGGGCAGCCAGAGACAGCCUGACCCCAGGAACUCCACACACACACUGACAGACGGUCUCCUUACUGUCUAUGUGUUUAAGCUGGAGGUGGACACGCCCAUCACGCUCUACCGCUACUCUCUCAACGGCAGUGCAGAGGCUCCCUGGAGGGCAGUGACCACUGGACAUGGAGACGUUCCAUCCUUUCAGGCUUAUAGCAGUCGCCAUGGCAACUUCAGCGCACAGCUCACGGUGUGUGUGUCCCAUGCCUACCACCCUCGGCCGCGGUGGAUGCUGACCCGGGGGUCGUGCGAUCCUCGUCACGGCUGGAGGUCAGAGUUCAGCUUCUUUGUGGCGCUGGCUGAGCAGAAGAACAGCAGGAAGCUCUAUUUUGCCCAGAACACACUCAGCCCGUACCCUAGCCGUGUGUGUGAUGGGCCCGCAGGCUGUAUGGUUGGCUCUGGGCCUGUCGGACCCACUCAGGGCAGUUUCUACGCCCCCUUGCCUGCAGCUCCUAAACAGGUGAAGAGCUCCGUGACGUCCGGCUUUAACCCCUGUAGCGGAGGCGGGUGUGGGAAGCCAGCAGUGCGCCCCUUGGUGGACACUGGAGCCAUGGUGUUUGUGGUGUUUGGGAUACUUGGAGUUAACCGCACUCAACAUGCAGACAACCACGUGAUUGGAGACCUGGGCAGUGUGAUCUAUGACCCUGACUUUGAUCUCUUCAAUGAAAUCGGUCAUUUAUGCCAACUCUGCAAAGCCAUCAGUGCCAACACACAGCUCGUCAAGCCCGGCGGAGCCCAGUGUUUACCUUCAGGUAACAGUCUUUCUUCCAUUCUUCCUGUUCUCCACCCUGACUGUCACUCACUUCCUGAACCAAACCUCCUGCCCGGUCAGCUCUCCCAUGGUGCAGUGGGAAUGCAGGGGGGCAGAGUGCACUGGAUCUCCAUGGCCUUUGAGUCAACCACCUAUAAAGGGAAGUCUUCAUUUCAGACUCACUCUGAUUUCGUCCAAUGGGAGAGCUUCCUACAGGAGCAAUUAGCAUCACUCCCGCAAUCGUCAGCGCUGCGUCGAGGGUUCCAGACCUGCCAGCACUGGAAGCAGAUUUUUAUGGAGAUCAUAGGUGUGGAGAGCGCCCUCUACAGUCUGCUGCUGUCCCUGGCCAUCUGUAUAGCGUCCGUGGCCGUGUUUACUGCGCAUCCCCUACUGCUGCUGCCCAUCCUACUUAGCAUUCUGGGUGUGGUGUGUCUGGUGGUCGCAGUAAUGUACUGGUUAGGUUGGGAGAUGGGAGCGGUCGAGGCCAUCUCGCUUUCCAUCCUGGUGGGCUCUUCUGUGGACUACUGCCUGCACCUGGUGGAGGGAUAUCUUCUCGCUGGAGAUAUGACAGUAAUGGACCCAUCAACCAAACGGCAAGAACGAACAGUGGAGGCAGUCAAUCAUGUGGGCGUGGCCAUCGUAUCCAGCGCCGUCACCACGGUGAUCUCCACAGUACCGCUCUUUUUCUGCGUGAUCGUGCCUUUCUCAAAGUUUGGCCAGAUUGUGGCUAUUAACACUGCCAUCUCAAUACUAUUCACUCUGGUUGUUACCACAGCCCUGCUCGCCACGAUAGGGCCUUCUGACUUCUCCCGACCCCCCAGAGCAGUUCUCAAAGCCAGCCUGGUGGUGCUGGUGGUGGGGGCCACUGGUUGUGUCCUUUGGUGGACUGGAUCACAGUUCAUUCCUGUAGGCUGGAAGUCACUUAUUACCUAAACCGGUCCAUCAGACAGACCAACAGCGUGAUGUCAAGAUGAUGAAAAGAUAAUGAAGUUGGGGAGAGGAAGUGCAGCAGUUUUUUUCUGGUGGAUUUGCAGAUGUUGAAAAAAGACUGUGCUUUGGCUGUAUUUUGUAUAUAUUAAGAAGAUAUGUGGUAGAGAAUGUCUAUUUCAAUAAAAUCAGAAUGGACCAAAUAGUGAUACUUGAACACCACUGGUGAAGAAACCAUUUUUUUUAAACAUUGGGGGACGUGGAGACAGUGGAGAACAUUAAUGCAAAAGGUGACAUUAAAAAGGUGUUUUUUUCAAGACUUUUCCAGGUACUACAUAGGAUAAACAUGGUUUACAGGUUUCUUUUAAUAUUGAAUGGAAUGGAAAUUUAACCAUGUUUUGGAGAGUCUAUCUGAGAUUAUAUUAAGAUCUACCUCGGAUAAUAUAAAAAGGACCUUGACCUAGAAUUACUGUUGAAAUGUAUUAGUAUACUCAGGCUUUAGUAGAGCUCACAGUAACAAUGAGAUAAAUAACUGAUCAGUGCCCAGUUUCCCAAUAGCAUCUUAGCAUCAGAAACAUCUUAACAUGAAGAGAGGGUUCAGUGUGAAGAAUCAUCUUAGUGCUAAAAACUUUUUGGGGACCCCACCAUAGCACAGUGAUUUAUUUAUCAGUCUACUCAUGCUUUAUUAGAGCUCACAGUAACACUGAGAUAAAUAUCUCAUACCUAAGGAACACCACUGGUAAAACAGCCUAUUUAUAGUUGUAGGGAAGUCCAGGCGUCACUGGAGAACAUAAAUGCCAAAACCUAGACAUUUUCAGAUAUUGCAUAAAAAGAAAAGACAUGGUUCUUUAAGUGCUUUGUCUACAUAUUUUAAAAUGAGAAUUAACGAGUGGUCCUGGGGGGUGGCGGAUGUGCCAUAGAAUGAGGUCUAUCUCAGAUUAUCCAAAGAUCUACCUCGGAUUACUCAGAAAACAACCUGACCUGGAAUUAAUGUUGAAGAUGAGGAGAGAGGCGAAAAGGAAAGGCAGGAAAUGAGAUCUGGAAAGAAGGAGAAAUAACAGGUCCUUUAUUCUCCAGCUCUGUGCUUGUGGGACAUCGGCAGCAGUUUGUCUUAUGAACUAAUAUUGUUAAAAUGCCACUCUAACAUACAUCAGCUCUGACAGUGGCGUACCUUUUGUGGUCCCGAGACAUGGAAGUGGUGGGAGCUGGGGGCUAAAAGAAUGAGGCAAACACACGGCUUUCUCUCCCAGAUGAGGACGAUGUAAUAUUUCCUUUCCUUUUGCGGGAAGAUGAUGGUUCUAUUUGCAGGCCAUCUAGUGAAACAAUUACUGACAAAAGAAUAUCUUUAGACAUAUGCCUUGGCAAGUGAGAGCAUUUCUUUUGAAAGGUUAACAGGUUAACAAGGGUAAAAUCAUUUUCAACAAAUAUCCAAGGUACAGGUCUAGACCUCUUUUGAGUAAGCACCAGAGUGACAGGGCCAACAGUGACAAGGAAACAUUCCCUCCUACUAAGAGGAAGAAUCCUUAUGCCAGAUUCACACUACACGACUUUUUGAGCUGUCAGUCGUGCUGUUCACACUACAUGACUGACUGUGCUGUAAUCGCAAGUCAAACCUUCUUAGAUUUUUUUUGUAAAAUACAUUAUUCUACUUUCUAAAAUUGAAGAAAUAUUCAGAACAAGUAGUUCAUUAUUAUUUUUAAUUAAAAGUGUUUAGCUUUUAGCUCCAUUCACCCCUAUUCAUAGAGGACUCAUUCAUGGGCUCCCUCUAGAGUUUAACAUUUAUUUCAUGAUAUAACAGAGGGAAAAGAAAGUGGUCAGAAUUUUUAUAAACAGCUCUUUCUGUGAUCUCAUUGGCUGUCUCAUCUGCUCCUGACUCCUUGUCGCCGACUGAGUCAGAUAUUAAACAUGUUCAAUAUUUGCCAGGCAUCUGCGACGGAUCGGCGAGGAUCUUUCAGUAGUUCACACUACGCUACUGAGCGAGCGCAGAGUGAUCCCUGAUUUCCCUCCAAGCAGAGUUUUUGUCAUCGAUCAACGUAAAACUGUUGGCAACAGGAAAAACUGGCCCAAAAUCGUCUAGUGUGAACCAGGCAUUAGGAAAAAACAAGACUCAGUAAGAGGAACCCACCCCCUCAUGGGUCGACCACAGCACAGUGAUUUUAUCAGUCUACUCAUGCUUUAUUAGAUCUCAGUACCUGUGUGAUAAAUAACUGAUCAUGCUCAGGCUUGAUGAGAAAUGUCCUUUUAAAAUAACGCACCAGUCUGUGCAUUCAGAAAAGAAACGGAAAACCACUGGUGUUGCCGGGCCUAACUAACGUCAUGUUAGGCUGGCAAAGUGCCAGUAAUAAAGUCCAAAGGCGAUCUGGCAAAGAAAUGACUUUCUCUCCCAGCUGAAGACGGUGUAAUAUUUCCUUCCCUUUUGUGGGAAGAUGAUGGUUCUAUUUGCAGGCCAUCUAGUGAAAGGCUUACAAACAAUUACUGGCAAAAGAAUAGUUUACGAAAUAUGCCUUGGCAAUUGACAGCAUUUCUUUUGAAAGGUUAACAGCUCCAUUCUGAAGUCUGUUGUGGAGAAAACAGGCUGCGGAAGUAUUUUGUACAAUGGCUCAUUUUGUGAAACUGUGGCAAACAUUGGUUGUAAUGGUAAUGGUUUGAAAUUGCUGUAAACUGUAGUCCAGAGUAGUUGUCACACUUAAAAAAAAAAAAGAAAAGAAAGUGUUUGUGUUAAUUCUCUCAUUUUAAAAUCCAUUUAUACGAUAUGUUGUUGCGCCUUCGUUUCUCUCUCACCAAACCGCCAUUCAUUUACUUCAAGGGCGCGCUCACCCUUUGUAUGCUGUGAUUUAUACGUCUCGUAAAACAGAUGCGCACAAACAGCGAGUGCCACCCCCCCUCUCGGAACGACUUGACCCGUGGAGGACUUGACCCAGUUUGGAGAUGAUAUGCCGUUUCAGAGCUACUCAACCUCGGUCUCAGAACCCUUCCCACCUCGGCAGAGAUUCCCGUCACACAAUCACCACAAAGAACACUCUUAUCAUAGAGGAUUCAUCUGCCUCACACAGAGAGAGAUCCGCUAGCCCACCGAUGAGUGUUUACAUGCUCAACUGAUGUCAUGCUUUAGUGCGUUCACGUUUGUAUUUAUGUUGUAAAAUUUGAUUUUGUUCUUUUUUUCCUUUUUAAGUGCUGUUGUUAUGAAAACUGUUUUCAAUAAACAAGUGAUCUGAUACAAAAUCCAGAUCAUGCGCUUCCUGCAUGAUCCUGCAUGAUGGGAGAAACCAAGACCACAGCACGGUGAUUUAUCAGUCUACUCAUGCUUUAUUAGAUAUCAGUAAAACAGAUAAAAAAAACUGAUCAGCACAGUGAUUUAUUUAUCAGUCUACUCAUGCUUUAUUAGAUAUCAGUUCCUGUGUGAUAAAUAACUGAUCAGUACCUUGAUUUAUUAAAAGCAGCUCAUCUUCAGUCCUAAGUCACACAAGUUUUAUUUUUUUUCCAAUGUAUGACAAUAUAUAAAAAUGUACAUUUCUGGUUUCUUGGCUAUUGAUGAAGCAUCAUCUUGAUUCUGUUUUGGCCCGAUUUGUGCCUAUUCUGGGUCUAAUCAGUAGUCUUCAGAUUAAAAAAAAAUUGUGCACCA